CAGAAUGGGACAGUUGUUAAGACAUCUGGUGCCAAUGCCCAAGGUGGAGUCCAGCAGGGGCAAAAAACAACCAUAAUUCAGCCAGCCCAAGCUCACAGUGGCCAACAGUUUAUUGUUACUAGUAAGAGUAAUUUAUAAGUAGGAGUGCAUUUAACAUUUCUUUUUUUAUUUUUUGGGUACAUACAAAUAACAGUAUGCUUGAAUAUAAAUUAAACAAAAGUAUGAAAAGAUUGAAAAUGCUACUACAUAGUAAAUAAACAAAACUGUUCAUGGUAAAUUGAUGACCCUAAUGAAAUUAUAAUUUGAAAUAAAAAUUAACUAAACAUAAUGGAAUUAAAAAGUGCUCUAUUUGGGGUCCAUUAUUAUAGCUAAAAGUUAAAUUAUUAAUUGCAUGCUUUAAUAUUAGACACUUAAUAAAUUAUCCUGACCACAUGUUAUUAAUUUUUUUAAAGGUUUUAACCAGAGUAAACAGAAGUUUAUUUUUAAUUGUUAUAUUCAGUUUUGUCUAAUUAAAAACAAGUCAUAAGUUAUAUAAAGGGUUUGUGUCUUAAAAUUAAUUACUACAAUUUUAAAGUCAUUAUUUAUUCAAUCAUCUCUAUUGUGUAUACCAUAUGAUUUUUAAGAAAAUUGUAAAUUCAUUUCAGCAUCAGCAGUUGACCACCAACUUGGAGAACAAGGAGGACAGGAGACAAUAACGAUCCAGCAAGGGGGACAGACAGUGUAUCCAACUCACCUACAGUACGUAGAGGGUUCAGACCCUGGCAUCUACGCUAAUGGCCAAAUGUACGGACCACAGUAGGAUUAGAUUGAAGAGAUAAGCAUUUUCACAUUUUGUGUGUGAUAAAUCCUAUCUCUUAGAUCCACUUGGCGUUGCUCUUUUUUUUAAAAAUUCUUGACGUGUGACUUUUCUCUUUUGUUAACUAAAACUUCUAUUUUCCAUAAUUUUUAAAGUAACAAGAUUGUUUUGUAUGUUUUUAUUAAAAAAGAAAAUAAUAAUAAUUACUCUGAGAUUUAAACAUAAAAAAUAAUAAUUAUUUUUUUUUCACACUUGAAAUGGCUAAAUAUUUCUGUGAGCCUGUAUGUGGUUUAUUGGAAAUAUUUACUGAUUAACUUUUCUUAAAUCAUAUAUUCAUGAAAGCACUGUUUAAAAGUAACUUUUUUAAUCAACAUGAGCUUAAUUAUCUGCUAAAUUUUUAUUUAUUCUUAUUGGACUUUCUCAAAAUUUCCUCAUGAGAAAUAAUAUUAAAAAAAUGCAUUUCAAAAUGCCACUUCAAAAAAUAAAAUGAAAGUUAAUCUCAAACCAAUGUAGAUCUUGCUAUGUUAAUAGAAGUAUUAAAUAUUUUUGACAACACACAUUUUAAAAUAAUAUGAAAUAAAAGCUACGUUAUUGAUUGCUGAAAAAUUUAAAUAUAGUUGAUCAUGAAUAAAUCACUGAGUCCACAGAAAAUAGCACUUAAGUGUGUUUUUUUAUUAUUUAUCAUUCAAGUAAAACUGCUAAAAAUAUAUAUAUAUAUAUAUAUUUUUUUAAAUUAAGGAAAAAUUAAAAUACAUGUUUUGUAUUUUUGGUUAGAAUCACUGUAUUUUAUUUUUCUCUGCCAUUGCAAAUAAUCAUUUUCUUUAUUUGUAUGGGCAAAGCCAUGUUGGAUGUUGUAUUUCUAUGAAGUAAAGUGGUCCAAGUCAAAAUAUAAUGAUAAAAUUUGUCUCUCCACCCUUUAAGUGAAAUAUAAAUCACCGUUUGUAGUAGAGAGCAUUAUACAACUUAUAAGACUAAUCUUGUAAUAAUCUGAUUAUGGGACAAGGACAUGCUAGUUAUAGUUGAUAAAUACUAUUAUAAUUUUGCUAAUGCAUUGAUAACUUUAAAAUGUAAGCAAAGACACUAUGAACAUUUUUUUAGAAUAAAAAUUAAAUUUAAGGAUGUAAGAUAUUAAAUUUAUGAUAUUCCAAAAAAAAAAAAAUGCUUCCUUUUUUUAUUGAAGGUAUUUAAAAAAUAUUCUACAUAAUUCAAUCACACAUUUAUAACCACAUGCAUAAUACAAAUGUUUAUCAUUUAUCCUUAAAAACCCUAAAAUUUGCUUUGUAAAAGAAGUAGUACUAUCUUAAAAGUAUUUUUGUAACUGCUUUACAGUUCAGACCAUUAACCAACUUGAAAUUUCUUGCAGUAUAUCAGGAAUUUUGCAUAAUAUUUAUACUUCAAUAAUUGCGCACCAUAUUUUUUUAUAGGCCUAAAGAACUGGUGCUGAAGGCUAGGUACUUUCUUUUUCCUCUCCCCUUUACCCUAAAACAAUGUAAUGCCAGAUGUAACAUUAGAUUUUUAGUUAGUGAAUUAAUUGUGGUUGUCAGUAUUUUUUAAAAAAGCUGCCAUAUUUUUUUAUAUUUUUUUGUCGUUGACAUAUUUUUUAAAAAGAUGCCUGAAUUUUUAAAACUAAUUUUGAAAAGCUAUAAAGUUUAGUGUUAAAAUUAAGUUUUAGUGUUAAUCUCACAGAAUAGCUUUAUUACUAAUUUCACAAAGCUAUUUUCCUCCUUAGAUUUUAACUGCAUGCUUUUCUAUAAUAUUGAUUUAAUGUCUUUUAAUAGCAAUCAAAGCACAUUAGUUAAUAAUGACCUAUGAAAAAAGAAUUGAAUGUCUUUUAAUUACCUGGUUAUUUCAGGUACAUAUUUCAAUGAUCAUUUUGUAAACAACUCACAAUUGUUAGCAAAAUGCUUAAAUGCUAUUAUUAUUAUUUUUUAACAUAUGUUGUUUAAUUUUAACUGCAUCCCAUUGUAACUAUAUACAUUUAAUUUUAAAACAAUAGAAAACAGCUUUAAAAGUAUAAUACAUAUUUAUCCAUUGUGUCUAAGCUCUCAAACUUUUGUCGUUAACUCAUUCCUGAUGGCAUUGCUACUUCUGUACUUAAUUUAUAUACAUGAGAAAAGGAAGCAAUUCCAUUUUUUAAUUGUUUUACUUUUGUAAAAUAUUUCUUUACUUUUAAGCUUCAAAAUAUUAUUUAAUAUUAAUGAAUUAAGCAUAAAUGCAUCCAGAAAUUAAUAAUGUUUAAUUAAAACAUUUAUAUAAUAGCAAGCAAAUGACCAAAAAAUAGAUUUUUAGCUCCUCAGAUGAACACAUGCUAGAUAUAGACGCACCUUACUAAAGCAUACAUAGAAUGAAUGAGAAAAAUUUGGUUUCUAAAUUGAAAUCAUGCAGAAUCACAGCAUCACUUGAAGUCUAGUGAGAUAUGAGAUUUCGUUGCUAUUUUAAAUUAAAAAUGAGAGAGGUGUAUCAUUAUGCGCUGGGAGGCAUUUUGGCAAAUUCUUCUGAUCCCCAAAAUGAUGCAUUUGGCCAAAACCGUCAGGAAUGAGUUAAUUAAAUACACAACAGUUUUGUAAGCCAUUUGAUUUAGUUAUUUAUAUAUAUUUUUAGUAUAAAGAUAUAAAACUAAUUUAUCUAUAAUGAAUAAUUAGCUGAAUUAGGUUAAGCAUUAUAAAAGUAUUCUAUUAAAUGAAAAAAAUGUAAAUGUAACAAUAAAUAUUGUUAAUAUAAAAUAAAUUGUUAUUUGACCUCAUGCAAACAAUGGGCUUUUCAUAUGUUAAAAAGAAUCUAGAAUGUUUAAGGAUUAAGCAUAUCAUCAUAAUCCAUGGAUAAAUUAAAAUCUUUCUUUCUAAAAAAUAUGUUUUUCAUAAACUAAAUAACUUAAUUUUAAGCUCACAAUGCUUGCUUUAUUAUUUUUUAAAGGCAUAACUAUGCAGACUAUACUCAAGGAACAAUGUACACCAACGUGUCGGGGACAUAUUACCAGACUCCCCAAGGAACACAGGUAUUUAUUUGACACUGGCUUUAAAAUUUAUGUAUAAUGUAAUCACAAAACAUUUAUUUUAUUUAUUUAAUGCCUUAGGUACCAUAGUCCUCUAAAGAAUAAUUUAUAACAAAAAUAGAUUUCAUGACAUUGAAGUAUAUUUACUUUAUUCACCGCGAUUCACAAAAUCAUUUUGCCUCUCAAUUAAUCUUUUAUUUGGGUUGUAGAGAAAAAUGUAUAUUUUAUUGUAGCAUUGUAAUUUUGCAUUUAUUAUAUUGUUAAAUGUGGGAUUUAAUUAUGACAAAAUAAGUGUGGAAUAAAAGUUUUUCUUGUGUGUAAAAUUAUGAUUGAUGUAAUUUUAAUAAUGCAUUCAUCAUAAUCUAUAAUCCAUUUAAACAAAAGUCAUUUCCAUGCAUAUCCAUGAUCUGUUCCAUCCAUGUAUGUAUGUAAUGAAAACACUCACUGAUUAUUUUCCCUUCCUGUCAAGAAUCCAUUCUUUCAACAGGUGGCUCAAAGUCUAAUGCCUGUUGGAACAUCAGUACAAGCACUGCAAGGUCAGAUCAUACAACAACCUGGAGGAGGUACUUUCCUCAUUCAAAGUGGCACUGUAGAUGGUGAUGGAGCUCCCUUGACUCACACAACUAGGGCUUCACCAGUGACAGUAAGUAUUUUUUAGAAUUUUUGCUAUUUCUAUGAUGGCAGCAAACCACUAGAACUUUGCCCAUUGAAGUGUGUUCUUGACAUUGUUUAUAAAGUGUUAAUUUUUAAGAAUUAUUUGUUAAAUUGUUCAAUUUUUUUAUUAAUAUUUACAUAUAGUUUAAAAUUAUUUUUCUUAUCAAAAAUAUAUUUUCUUUAGAUUAGGGCUUGUAAAAGUUUGUUAUCUUUGAAUUUUUUCAAUUCAUGCCAGUUAACAAGGUGAAAAUCUUGUAUGUCAACUAAUUUGAUAAAUCAACAUUAUAACUAAUCUUUCUUAGAACACAUUUUAUUAUAUAUUCAUAUAUAAUUGGCACAGCUUGUUCCACUCUUUAUCUUUUUUUUAGUUUCAAAUAGAUUUUUUUUUUGAUUUCAUAAAAUAUCUAUAACAUUAAAAAUAUUGGCAAAAAACUAAGUAAUUAACAGUUUCCAUCAUUUUGCUUUCUUUGUAAUUGAUUAUUUAACUACUAAUUUUGUUUAAUAUAGAUGUGAUAGAGUAUUAUUAGAUUAGUUUUUGUUUAUAGAUUUAAAUGCUGAUAUACAUUGCUAAAUGAAGUUACAACUGAUAUUUCCACACACAAAAAAUGGGGGGAAAAAGGAUAAUUUGUAAACAUACUUUAUUAAAAUAUGAAAAAUGAAUUAAAUAGUGUUGCUGAAGUUUUUUUUAAUACAAAAACAUUAAGCUAACAUGAUGUGGUCCCAAAGCUAUCUUGCUGAAUGAAAUGAAGAGUACUAAACACUUCUUGUUAUUUAUAGAACAGCACUAAACACCUUUCCAUUUAGGAAGUUGUAGAAUGGUCAUUUUAAUGAAGGAUAAAUUAUUGAUUAGUUUAAACUUAAAAAUAAGACAAUGUUUAUGGUAAUUUUAUUUCCUUACAUCAGUUAAGUUGAUAAAAUUUCUGUUAAGAACCCUGAUAAAUAGCUAAACUUUUAAUUUUUUCAGCAAGGUAGUUUUAAACUUAGGUUCUGAAGAAAAGUAUACACUGCUUAGAAAUAACCCACAGCUAUUAUUUCCCUAUUUUCGGUUUUCUCUUCCUUUUUAAAGAACCACACCCCUCUGGCAGAGCUGAGCAAUUUGCAUACUAAAGAGGUAAGGCUCCUUCACGCCCGCCAAAGUGUGGUUGGUUAGUUGGCUAUCCAUUUGCUCUGGUCCUGAUCCAUUGGAGGUUCAGCUCCUUCAUACUGAUAUUGUGAAUGCUGUUGUGUUUAAAAUAAUUUGCCGUUUUGCUUACCUCCAUUGGAUUGGCUGAGCUGUUAAAUUUAGGAGACCAACUUAUUUCAACUAUGUUUUUUUAUGCCAAUAAGAAAUAUUAAUAGAAACUGGAAGCAGUUUGGUCAGGAAUUAAGUUAAGAAAAUUCUGAUUAGAAAUGUUUAACUUUGCUUUUGUAAAGAUAUUUGUUACACAUUAUGUUAAAACAUGUAAUGAUUAGAAUUUGCACUAAAGAUCCAAAAUUUCAGUAUUUUUUUUAAUAACAUUGGGAACAACAGAAAAACCAUUAACAUAAUAAUUUUGUGUGUGGUUCAAAAGUGUUUGAAAUUCAAAGUACCAUAUCACAAGUUAUAUGAUUGUUAUAUAUGCGUAAACUUACUUCUAUACUUUCAAAAUGUUUUUGUUUCAUCCCAAUUUUGAAUAUUUUAGUAUACUGUAUCCUUUUUUCUGUAUUGCUUCAUCUCCAUUCUGCAUGUUACACUAUUUUUUUAAUUCAGAAAUUCAAGAUUUGUUUGGUUAUAAGUUUCUGAAGUUUAAUGUUGUUUUUUUUUCUUUUACCAAUUUGGAAAGGAAAUAUACAUAUUAAUAUUUGGGGGAUAGAAUAUUUCCCUGCAGCUUAAAUGGUUAGAACAAAUUUUUACCUUUAGAAAAACAUUUUUGAAAAGCAGUCAGCAACCACGCUUUGAAAGGUGUGAACGGGCCUUAAUGUUUCCUGACAACUUUUUUUUUUUUUUAAAUUUAAAUUCUAUUAUAGCUUUGAAUUUCAAUCACCAAGUAACUUUCUUUGACUUAUUUUUUGUAACUUAGAAACCCAACAAACCAACUUCACUUUUUGGUGUGAACAUUUGAGUAACAUUCAUCACUUAAAUAACUUGUGCUAGAUUGUCUUUAUAAGGUUAAUAUUAUUUAUAAUACCGGUAAAUGAAUUUUAAAUUUACAUACUUAUGGGUAUAUUAAUUUUUUUUUUUUUAGUUGCUCUUAUUAAUAUUUGUUUUCUGUGUGGGUGUUUUAAUAUUUUUUUCUCAUUUCUGUUUAACUAAAUUGAUAUAAUUUAUUUAAAAUUUUAUUUAAAAACAAGAAGUUUGGAUUGUCAUAUAUCACUGCACCACAAACACUGCUUUAAAAUAAUAAAAUAAAGAACAACUGGUCUGACUUUUAAAAAGAAAUAACCAUAAAAAUGUGUCAUAUUUUCUUUACAAUGCUAGUUCUCAUCUUUGAUCAUUUUAAAUAAUUAAUACAUUAAAUGAUUUUCUUUAGGUUCAGUGGUUAAUUGACAACUACGAGACAGCAGAAGGAGUCAGUUUACCUCGCAGCACACUCUACUACCAUUACUUAAGGCAUUGCCAAGAGCAAGGAUUAGAUCCAAUGAACCCAGCAUCGUUUGGCAAACUUAUCAGAUCUGUGUUUCUAGGACUUAGAACAAGGCGACUUGGAACAAGGUCAGGAAUUCACUGUUAAUUAAUUUAAGACAUUUUUUAUACAUUAGGAAAAAAUAAAGUUAAAGGUCAUAGCUGUAACAUAUAAAUAAAACAAAAUUAAUUUAAAAAAAAUUUCUUUCCCUCAGGGGCAACUCUAAAUACCAUUACUAUGGCAUUCGUAUCAGGGCCAACUCCUCCCUAAAUCAGUUUACAGAUGAUCAGACAAUGGCUCUGAGACAGCAGCCAAUGUACACAAGCAAAAAGUGAGUGGCAUUUUUGCAUCAAAUUGACAGCAGGUUCUCUCAUUUGUUUUUUGCUUUAAAAAAAUUGAAUUGACCUAUUUUAAAGAAACAAAUAUCUUAAAAUAUUCAUUAUCUUGAUAAUCAUUUUUCCUCAUUCUAUUUGUAAUCUUGCAAAGGAAAAAGCAACUAAUUUCUCUGAAAUUUUUUGUUAGAAAAGAAUCAAGUUCUUUAAUAUUGCUUUUGAUUUUAACUUAUUUGAAAAUCAAUGAAAUGAAAUUCAACACUUUUCAUUGAGUUUAUAUGUUUUCAUUUGAUAUGAGAAUCUGCUGUAUUUCAUCUAGCUUUAUUAAGGAAUCAAAUAUCAAAUUUUCAAAGACAAUAAAAUAAUAACACUUCCAAAAUUUCUAACAUUGUAUCUUGUGAAUAAUUAACCAGCAUUCAAAGGGAUCUUUUUAUAUAUUUUGAAUUUACCUGUUAUCAAUAUUAGCUUUGUAUGGUCUGAUUGCUUUUCCAAGAUUUAAUUUUUUUUUUAAAUCUGAGAGAUUUCAUGGAUAGAGUUGGAACUGAUUUUUUAUUGUACUUUUAUAGAAUGAAACAUUUUGGUACAAAUAAUUAGAGUAACAGCCUAUGUUCUAUAUUUAAAAAUAAAAUUAAGUAACAACUGAACUGCUCAAAUAAUAAAAUAAUUUUAUGCAUAAUCUUAAAAUGUUUCUAAGAGCUAUGUUAUCUGAUUUUGUAAAGCUAUUGUGAUUUACUCAUACAAGAUUAAAGAAAAAAGGUUUGUUUGUAUUCUUUUAUAAUAAUGUAUAUAAUUGAUUGCUUCAAGAUAAUUAUUGCUUGGUUGUUUGUUCUCAUGAUCAAUACAUUUGUUGUUUGUGUGUGUGCAUUUCUUCAGAUUAACUAGUCAGAAGCAAGAAGGCUCAGAUGGUGACAGUGGACAGGCUGGUACACAGGGUGGUGGUCAAUCAGAUGCCUCACAUUCUCAACAGCAGCAACACACACAGUUUCUUGGAGAUGCCUCACAUGCUCUUCCAUCAUUUGGAAAUGUUGAUGUCAGUUUAGUCCCAUUUCCAGAUGGUAUUGGUGUGGAAGAUAUUCGAGCUUUUGAAAAAAUGUACAGGGAGCAUGCUGAGGUAUUAUUUUACCAUUUUUAUAUUUAUUUUAGUAAGAUACAACACCCAACAUUCCCCAUGCACUCUGUUUACAGAUGUCAUAGCUCAGAUAUAGUUAUUUUGAUGUUCCUGCUUUUUUUUUUUAAAAAUUUACAUUGUAAAAAAAAAAAAAAAAAAAGUAAUGUUAAUUAUAAAACUUUACAAAAACAUUGUAACUUACAAUGAUCAGGCUUUAAAGAUCUGUAACAAUGGUUUUAAUUGGAUUAUAGUUUUUACAGAAGCCAGAAGUGGUGUUCCUUGCUGUUGCCUGAAACACCAGUUUGUCCAUGAGGACUGAAAGAAUGAAUGAUCUUUAUUAUUUUAAAAGUUAUGAACCACUGAAAAUUUAAGGGCAUAAAAAUCACAUUUGAUUUGUUAUGCCUAAUCUUAAACUGUUGACUUCUACCUGUUAAUAAACACAUUUUUACUAUGAGUUCUCUACUUAAUUGCUUCUGCUCUUGAAUGAGUUUUAAUAAAAAGUACCUGAUGAAGAAUGAAAGAUUAUCUCAUUCCUCAGUUUCUUUGGUGAAAUUGUCUAAUUUAGAAUGGUAAAGAGAAAAUUACAAAAACAAUAAUAUUGCAAAAUGCAGCCAUUUAGUCCGUCAUUUAGCAUCUGCCAGUAUUUCUUUGUGAUUGCACUUUUGGUGGAGCCUACUCAAAGCGCCACUCGCUAAAAAUGUAGAACAGCCUCUGUAAACAUUUUAAUUUAAAUGAGUGGUGAAAAAGAAAGGAUGGUUGCCACAAUUUGUUUAGGAUCCCUCCAUUUUAAAAAGGUUGAGAACAUUUGAUCUGAAAGCACUGUUUCAAUUUUAUCAAUAUUUUAUAUUACAAGCUUUUAAAACUAUACAAAAUAAUAUUAUGAUUUCAGGCUGUUGUUGAUGUUGUUGUCAAUUUGCAUUUCAACCUUAUCGAGAAUCUCUGGCAAACAUUCUGGAGAAAUCCUGCACCAGAAUCACCGUGAGUAUUAUUAAAUAAUUGUUUAAAACUGAUAUUUCAUAAAAUAAAAACGUAUGAGGAAGGGUGUUGCUGAUAACAUAUUGUAAAUGUCUUUCAUCCUAGCUUAGAUAUUAUGUGUUGUACAGACCUACCAACCAUUCCGAUUUUAUCGGAAUUAUAUGGAUUUUUUUACCCCUCAUUCUGACCUGAUAAACCCUUUAAAAUCCUGAUUUUCCCCAAUAUUAUAAUUUUUCACCCAUCAUCCAAAAGCGUCAAAAAAAAAAAAUUAAAAAAUCAGGAACGACAGGAAGGGGUGCAUUUCGCCAAUAGUCGAUCAAAGUUUACAGUACUUCAUUUCAACAAAUUCAAGAUAGUCUGGACAUUUACAUUAAAAGAAAGAAAUAUGUUCAAUUCUACAAAAGAAAUACUAGAACCAUUGCUGGUAUAUAUAAUGAAAAAUGGUUAAAAAGUGACAAUGUUAAAUAAAGCGUGACAUGCCUGCCGGAUGAAUAUCUCCCACACUAUUUGUCUGGUCAUGUAGGCGCUGCCUUGUUUUUAUCAAAGCGAUUCAGUUGUUUUGUGACUUUUUUUUGUUUGUUAAAUCUUAUCUUAAUUAAAUGGAUAAAUCUAUUAAAAGUGGUGGGUAGGUACAAUGAUAUAUAUAAACAUAUUUUGACACAAAAAAAAACCACAUAAAACUGCAGUGAAACGACAACUUCCAUGUCUAAUUUCUUUGCUAAGGAAUCGGACGAUUCAGUCAUCAGAUCAGUAGUUUGAUUUACCACCUUUCUUAUUGAAGGAAUAUUUCUCUAGCCAACUCCGAUUGCUUUAAUGCCAGAGUCAAAGAAAUGUUUCUGGACUCAAAGAUUGUGAAGAAUUAUUAAAAUCAAAUAAGGGCAAGCAUGAAGUUGAUACUCUUUCUAACUUGCUUGUAGCUAAAAUCAAUUACAAUGCUAAUCUUCAGUUGUCCAAAGAGCUGUUGGACAAGUGCAAAAAGACCACUAGGGAUAUGCUGAAAAACUGUGUACAUAUUUAAAUAUAAGCGGAUAUUCUGUUUUGUAUUUAUCUGUAUAUAAACAUUUCCAUUAAUGGUUUUCUCAUGUUCUGUUGUGAUCUGUGGACUUUUCUAAGACAAAGGUGGUAACUUUAUAUUUCUUUAUUUACUAAAAAAGGCUUGUGCAUCAGUUUGUAGAUCUCAAACCAACGCCCCUCUCCACACCUGGGACCACACCCUCACCGCGCAUGCAUUACCACCCCCCCCCCGAUUAUUUUCUUGGCAGGUCUGAUUGUAUUGACAACUGAUUAUAAAAUUUGCUAUCUUAAUUCUUUAGCAGUCUAGAUCCAUUUGAAAAGAUGGAGAAGAGAAUUCCUAAAGAAAAACUGUACACAUUGUGUCGCUAUGAGCCCCUGAUGACAUGGGUUAGAAGAUCUGAUUAUGCAUUCUAUCAGGCAUUGGUUGAGGUCUUAAUUCCAGAUGUUUUACGGCCAAUACCAAGUAUGUACAUUUCAAUAAAUAAUGUUAUUAGAAUGAAUUUAUGCAAUUGUUAUCAUGAAGUUGUUCAAUAAAACUUAACUAAAUAGAAUUUUAAAAAUCAAAUGUUUUAACUAGUGAUUAGCCUGCGGUACAUCAAGUGGCUUUUGAAGUAUUUCACCAUUGUAAUAUAAAAUGCAUCAUUGAUAUAUAUACUUUGUUAGCAUUGUAUAUCUCUGGCACAUUUAGUUUAAAAACUGCAUUUUCACUUUAGGUUCACUCACUCAAGCAAUCCGUAACUUUGCAAAAAGUUUAGAAGGAUGGCUAAAAAAUGCUAUGCAAAAUGUACCUGAGGAGAUGAUAAAGACAAAGGUAAGAGUACUUACUUAAAUUUUCUUCCCAAUUUUUGUUUAAGGUUUAGAAAAGGAUUCAAUUUUCUUCUUUGCCUGGAUGAAGUUAUAUUUUGUAUGAAACAAGUGAUAAAAGAAAUUCCCAAUAUUAUAACAAUAUUUUAAGCUACUGAUAGUAGCUAAAAAAAAUUGCCCCAAAUAAAAAACAUUAUUAAAAAUUUAUUUUAGAAAUAUUUUUCUCUACUUGGUAUUCAUUUUUAACUUAAGAUUGAAAUGAAGAAUUAGAUAAUUUUGUCUAUGCUACUUAAAACCUUAAUUUUUUUUCUAGCUUGGGGCUGUAUGUGCCUUUGCUCAAACACUACGUCGCUACACCUCACUCAAUCAUCUUGCCCAGGCAGCCCGUGCUGUGUUACAAAACACUUCACAGAUCAACCAAAUGUUAACUGAUCUCAACCGUGUUGAUUUCACAAAUGUACAGGUUACGAGAAUUACUUUUAUCGAUAAGUUAGAUAACGAAAUCAUUAAAUAUGUUUUUAGAUUGAUGCAGCAUGAAAUAUUUCAGUGUAAAAUUGAAAUCAGAAUUGGCUUAUUAAUAGUUGCAGAAAGAAAAGGUGUAAUUGGUUAAAAUCUUGUCGCAGUUACUAUUUUACAAACUACUAGGUUUAUUAAACAUUGUAUUCACACUUAAUGUGUGGAUCAAGAUUCCAGACGUGACAUUUUUGUAUUAAACUAAUUUAUUCAGGAACAAGCAUCAUGGGUGUGUCAGUGUGAAGAUUUAUUGGUGCAGCAGCUUGAGCAGGAUUUCAAGACAACUCUUAAACAGGGUAACUCACUGGAGCAGUGGGCUCAGUGGCUGGAAGGAGUAGUCAAUCAAGUGCUCAAACCACAUGAGGGAAAUGACAAUUUUCCUAAGGCAGCUCGGCAGUUUUUGCUGAAGUGGUCUUUUUAUAGGUGACACAUCUUUUUUUGUUUACACUUUUUGUAGAAACAUUACUAUUAAAAAAAAGAUUUAGACGUAAGGAUGAAAGGAUACAUUUUCAUAAAAGCCAUUUAGCAUAUUUUGACUUAUUUUUUUGCCCUAAUAAACAAACAAGCACCUAUGUCCAUGGCGGUAAAUGCAGACCUAUAUUUUCUGAUUUUCAAAAAAUGAAAUGAUAUUAUCUUUUAUGUUUCUUGGCAACAGCUCAAUGGUAAUCAGAGACCUUACCUUGCGCAGCGCAGCGAGUUUCGGCUCUUUUCACCUCAUUCGCCUGCUAUAUGAUGAAUUUAUGUUCUACUUGGUUGAGCACAAAGUAGCGAGUGCCACUGGUCAAACGCCAAUAGCUGUCAUGGGAGAGGUCCGACAGGUAAGGAUGUUUAAAAGAAUUAUUAAAGUUCACUUUUUUGCUUGUGUUUCAACAUUAAAAAAACUGUUAUAAGAAAUAUGGCUUUACCUUAAAAAAUAAUUUAUUGUCCAAAACAGUUCCAUGAUUUGAGCAGUGCAGUCAAUCUUGGAACCAUGGAUAUGGAUGAUGAUGAUGAAUCCUCCAACUCUUCCCAGCCCUCAAUGCUGUCAUCUCAACCUCAAGUUGUUCAACGAGUCACCAUGGUCACAGCUCAGAGUGCAACUCCCACACCGACUACUCUUAUGCUUGUAACCUCUAAUGCACCCGGUUCAGUUGGUCAGACUGCUGUUACUGUUCGUCCAGCUUCAGGAAACAUUGGCCAGGUUGGAACUCCCACCAUCACGGUAAGACCUACAGCUAACGGUCUCACUGCCGCUGGAGGAUUGGUGGUUUUGUCUGGGACUUCAGUGGCAGGUGCCACACCUGUCCAUACAGUGAGUACACCAACUCAAGGGGGAUUACCAACAACCCUUGCUGUACGAACUGCUACAACAGCCAACCCCAACUCCAGCAAAACACAUACAAUCCUAGUCAUGCCAGUAUCAUCAACUGGAGCAGCAGAUGUCACAGCAGCUAAAAGGGUCAAAACAGAGUAGGUUAACACUGAGAUUUACAUCAUUUAUGACACUCUAAUUAAUCAUAGUGCUAAUCUAUUUCAACUGUUUUAAGGUCAUCGUAUGUUCAUUUCUAUUAUAUAGAUUUACAUGGGAAGGUAUUUGAUUUUACUGAGGAAAAAACGUACAGACCUAAUAAUUUAAAAUUGCAUGCGAGUUUAAGAGAUUUUGCAUUUUCAAUGUUUAGUUUCCACUCAUUACCACCCAGUAGCCAGAUUUAUAAUUGAUCCAUAGAUCAAUUUUAAGUAUAAUUUUAAAAUCCAUGUAAAUUACAGAUAUUUUUACCUUCCAUAAACUAAUUAAUUAAGCUUAAAAUGUUUUAUUUGAGUUUACCUUGUGAUUGUUCUUGAGAGAAAUUUCCUACUUUUAAAGUAUCAGCCUAUUUUGUGAGAACUUAGGAGUCUUGAGUGUGCAUCUGUGUAUGUUGAAAAUAUGAUUUUAGUGAUAAUGUAUUAAUGAUAACAUAGGCAUUGAACUAAUGCCACUAUAUUGUUAUAUCAUUGAUUAAUCAGUAAUUAAACAAAGUUGAAUCCGUCCAUCUUUGUUUUAACUUGUUACUUACUGGUUAAUUUUCUAAAAAGGUCCGCUUCACAGGUUAGACCUUUUUGCCUAGUGUUUGCUUGAGUUAUAAUUCAAAGACCAGGCUGCCCUGGGUACCUUCAUGGUAAAUGCCAACUUUUGGGAAAAGGUAUUUUAAGAUUUUAGAUAAAAAUUAGUUAUUUUUUAAAACCGUUUUCUAUGCUUAUUAGUGUGUAAGUCACCAGUUGAUGUUUUAUAAUGCAUGUAAAAAUAGAAAAAAAGCUCUGUGAUGACAUCCCAGUACUGAUGUACAAAUCUGUAAAAUAUCAUGUUUUGAUGUAAAUUACUGUGGAAUGCUGAUAAAGAUUUGUAUUUUUUAUAAUGGCCUUCAAAUAGAUUUUUUAUUCUGCUAGUUUCAACUCUUAUCUUUCUUUAUGUAUAAAAUAUGUUUUGUACUUUGGGGAAAUUAAAAAAAACCAUCAAGCUAUCUUAAUCUUAAAUUGUAAAUAACGCCAUUUAAAAUUCCGACUUUGUAAAAAUUGUUUCCUGUUAAUAACAUUGUACACAAAGAGAAUAUGAAUAUUAUGCAUAGUAGAUUUUUUAGAUCCUAAAAUUAAAUUACCAUUUUUUUCCUUCUAAAUCAUUGAAAUAACUAAGACUAAUUUCGCUAUAGAACUAGUUAAUAUUGAAACAGAAUAUUGUCCAGCUACUCAGCUUAUGAAUGAAGAUGGUCUGAAACUGUUUUUACUUAUAGUAGUUGAAGCUAAAUUAACACACACACACCCCCCUCCCCACCGGAAAAAAAGACAAAUAUUUUCCUAGUUUAUUAAAUUUAAAAAAAGCUUUGUAUGUUUGUGCCCACUUGGUUGACAAGUCCGAUGAUUGUUUCAAAAGUAAUUUAAACUACUUUAACUUUUAAUCACAUCAGCUUUUUUUUUGACCAUUUUGCACAUGGAUGAUAAUCUUAGAAGGACACAAGAAUAGAGAAAACAAGAAUACAUCAAGAGCAUAUUGGUUAUUUCAUAUCACAACUUGUAUAGUAUCAUAAAUGAAUUAUUGUAAUGAACAAUCUCAACAUACAACAUUACUUUCUUCUAUAAAUCAUUAUAUUUUUCCAUAAGCUUUGUCAAAAGCUCAAUCUAGUCAGAUGAUAAAUCAUUUUCAAUCUUCAAGAAAUAAAAUUAUAUUUUAAAAAUCCCCCUAGAUCCCAGAUGAGGAAAUAAAUUUAGCAAAAGUACAGCACUACUUAUUUGUUAUACCAGCCAUGGCCUUUGUUUGCAACAUGUACCAGAUAGGUGCAUUUAUUUGUCAAAAGUGUCUCCAAUGAAUCACUCUUAGUCCUCCAUGGUAGGCCCUUUGUUUCAUUCCUUCUUCCUUCACUCAUUCCAUCAAUGUAUAUAAAUCCACAUUUUGUUGUAAAUAUUAUAUAUAGCUGACUUCAUCAUCACACUAAAGUCCCAUAAGAAAUGAAGAUAAAAAAAUUAUUUGAUUUUGUGUCUUUAUUUAUAAAACUGAAUGGGAAAAAAGAGUGUUGUAUAUGUAAAGUCUUGUGUGUGAUAUUUGACCUGCAGCAACAGGGUCCACCAGAUGUUUCUGCUGUCUAUUUACCUUGUCUGUUAAUUUAACUUACCUUACAAUACAGUCAUAAAGUAUAAAGAUCUAGUUAAUAUAGUAACACUUAUUAGUUGUUAUGGAAGAGUUUGUCAUGUCAGCUGUAUUUACACAAGCUAUGGGAAUAACUCCAUGGCUCAGAUCACAAGUUUUAACUUAAACAAGCUCAGCCACACUACACAUUGUGUUGACAUUGCUCUCUUUUUUCUCUCUUAUACAAGUUAUUAUAAUUAUAUUUGAUUGUACAGAGAUGACAAUUGGGCACACAAUUUUGGCAACUAUUAGUCAACUUUAUUUUCUCUAUUUGCUUUCAAAAGAACUGCUUGUAUACUGUUAAUUUCUAUUUAAAUAGAAUUGUGGUAAAAAUAUCUCUCUAAUUUAUUUAAUUGCAUUUUGUAAUUAAUGAACAGAGACAAUUGAAUUUGCUGACCAAUGUAAAUACAAAAGAUAUAUGUUGUGCAUUCUUUGGUUUGUUUUAUAUCAUUUUAUUUUUUUUUUAAAGCAUUUAUUCCAUAUUGCCCUGAGUUAUGCAAACAGGUUAGGCAAUCAUAAAUACAUUACAGUCCUGAAUCUUAACUAAAAAAACAAGGUCAAUUAUUUGACUGGGUAAUAUGUCAAAGAUUGUAAUUACGUUCUUUAAGAUUUGACAUCAUAAAUAACUGUGUUGAUUGGAAAGUGUGAGAAGAAUAUGUCAGGGAUUAGUUGGUGCAGCAACUCCAUGGAAAGAUAACAUGGAAAGAUAAUAGCUAUUAAUAAAAUUAUUUUAAAAAUUUCGCUACAAUAAAAUAUAAACCUGUGCUUAAUAAUCAGGACGUUAUUGUCAUAAAAUGUCUUGGAAGUCUUAGGGGAAAAAAAAUAAUUAUUAAUAUUUAAAAAGUAUCAAUUGUAUUUUUGAAUGCUUGACUCCAAAUGUUAAUAUUAUAGAGCUAUAUUUUACCAUUAUCUUAUCUCAGGGAUUCUUUCAAUCUGUUUUGUUAGUAAAUUUAGAAAUCAUUUGUUCUCUUGUUCUCAAUCAAGAUAUUUUGAAGUUGUAACAAUCAGUUGCAAUUUUAACAAAUGACUUUACAGAUCAAGAAAGAAAACGUUUGGGUCAGCUCAGAAAUUUGUACCCGAAAUUUGCACAUUACUUGUGACAACAAUGAAAAAAUAAUCCAAGUGCGAAUUUUUGUUUCGUUUAAAAUAAAAUUUGCUUUUCCAACAGUGUUUUUCAGAAUAAAGUAUAAAGAAAUAACUAAUUUAAAUAUUUUCUUUAUAAACAGCCAAUUUUAAUAUAAUUUGGCAUUUUAAACAAUCUUCCUCAUUUCUGUAAUUGGAUUUUGUGAAAUUUUUAUAACUCUCUUUAAAUUUACUUAAUAUGCAAAUUGCUUACACUGUUUAUGGUUUGUUCUAGGAGUGUUGAUCACACCACAUUAGCAAGAUUGUUUAGGUAUGAGAUCUUUCUGUUAUUUCUGUUAUGUACAUUUAUGGAUAGAAUAAUGUUUGAAAGGUAUAUUGAAUAGGUUGAUGAAUCCUGUUUUUACAAGUGUUUCCUCAGUGGAAUGUAAGUGUAAGAAGAUGCCAUGAUGAUCUAGUUUAUUGACCCUCUCUUGGUUAUGCCAUUCAUUAUUUGUGUCAGUCUUGUUCAAUUUGUUUCAUUUUGACAAUUUGUCUUUUAUAUGAAGUUAUUCAAAAAACCUUCAUCUGCUGAAU